GCGCAGCCCCCGGGCGCGGGGCCGCCACCGGCCGGGCACCAGAUCGUGCACGUGCGGGGCGACUCGGAGACCGACCUGGAGGCGCUGUUCAACGCCGUCAUGAACCCCAAGGGCGCCAACGUGCCGCACACGCUGCCCAUGCGGCUCCGCAAGCUGCCCGACUCCUUCUUCAAGCCACCCUGCACCAGGGUUUACUCCCGACAGGCCAGCACUGAUGCAGGUUCAGCCGGAGCCUUGACUCCUCAGCAUGUCCGAGCUCAUUCGUCUCCAGCUUCGCUGCAGCUGGGAGCUGUCUCUCCGGGGACCCUUACCCCCUCUGGAGUAGUGACUGGUCCUGGACCUGCCUCAUCUUCUCAACAUCUUCGUCAGUCCUCAUUUGAGAUCCCUGAUGAUGUUCCUCUGCCACCAGGUUGGGAAAUGGCUAAGACACCAUCUGGCCAGAGAUACUUUCUGAAUCACAUUGAUCAAACAACUACAUGGCAAGAUCCCAGAAAGGCCAUGCUUUCCCAGAUGAACGUGACAGCCCCCACCAGUCCUCCAGUUCAACCGAACUUAAUGAAUUCAGCAUCAGCUAUGAAUGCACGAAUCACCCAAAGCGCUCCAGUGAAGCAGCCACCUUCAUUAGCUCCUCAGAGUCCUCAAGGAGGUGUGAUGGGCAGUGGCAACUCCAAUCAGCAGCAACAGAUGAGAUUGCAACAGUUGCAAAUGGAGAAAGAGAGGCUGCGACUGAAGCAUCAAGAACUGCUUCGGCAGGAAUUAGCUCUCCGUAGCCAACUUCCAACAAUGGAACAAGACAGUGGUUCUCAAAAUCCAGUUUCGUCUCCUGGAAUGUCUCAGGAACUGAGAACAAUGACUACAAAUAGUUCUGAUCCUUUUCUGAACAGUGGAACAUAUCACUCCAGAGAUGAAAGUACAGACAGUGGGCUUAGCAUGAGCAGUUAUAGUGUACCCAGAACCCCUGAUGACUUCCUGAACAGCGUUGAUGAAAUGGAUACAGGUGAUAGUAUCAGCCAAAGUAACAUACCCUCCCAUCAAAACCGUUUCCCAGACUACCUUGAAGCCAUUCCAGGGACAAAUGUGGACCUUGGGACCCUGGAAGGAGAUGGGAUGAAUAUAGAAGGAGAGGAACUGAUGCCAAGUCUGCAGGAGGCUUUGAGUUCUGACAUCCUUAAUGACAUGGAAUCUGUGCUGGCAGCCACCAAGCUAGAUAAAGAGAGUUUUCUUACUUGGUUAUAGAGGCCUCAGGAAGACUGCAUCCAAAUCUGUGAAGGAUCUAAGGAGAAAUAGGACAUCUGUACCUGAAGUUAAUAACAAACCAGUGUGGCAAACAUUUGGUUUGUGGUCAGAAAAAGUAAAUGAACAAAUAUUCAACAAGAUUUCUUUCAUCCAAUAUUUUGCUCUUCCUUAUCCAUUGCUGCUGUUAUAUAUUGCUGACCUCUUUCACAGUUGACUCUGAAGAAUAGACAUCUUUUUGGUCUUUUUCUAUUGCUGUUGCAACUACUGUUUAAUGGGGUGGAGGGUGAUGAGCCUAUUUGGAUGACGAAUGCCAUUCCUUUUGUCCUCAUAUGCGCUUGCAUAUCAUUUUAUCUCAGUACUCAGAUUUGUGAGUUAACUUCUGCAUGUCACCGCUUGUAGUUUGCUCAGCUAGUUAUCUCCUCUGUUGCCUAUGGCAAGUGGUAAAACAUGACUUACUGGUGUGACAAGCCAAAAAUGAUGUAUCUGGUCAAAAGAAGUCAAUACUGAUUUGGAGAUAAAGCUUAAAGAAGGGCUGAAGAUGAUUUGACAAUAAGUGGUUGCUACUACUAGCUUUUCCAUUAGUCACAAAGUGCUCUUGUUCAUAUUUUAUGGUAUAGUAAAUGAGUCGUAUAGUAACAUACGAAUUUUUAUUGUUGCCACAUACUUUAAUCAAACUUUUUGUCUGUCAAAAACUAGGAUUUUUUUGUUAGUUGGUUUAAUUUUAGCCAUAGUUUGGGAAGUAAUUGUAGGUGCUUUUUUAAAUAGUGAAAUCUAAAUUUCCUGAUUUCACAGUCUUAUUUAAAUCUGAAUUGUCUGCUUUUUUAUACCCUAAAACAUGUCUAUUGUAGCCUGAUAGUGAGCCCAUGAAACUAUUUUGCUUGUAACUUUUAUUCUUAAAGGCUAGCUUUGAAUGUAAUCAUUAGAAUAAAUGACCAGUGGCUUAUUUUUCAUGCCUACUUGCAAGAAUUUGAAAUUAGAAUCUGGUUGUGCCACUGUAAAAUGUAGCUCUGUGUGCUGUAUCGAAACUUUUAUCAUGCAUUUUAAAGUAGCAAGCCUGUACACUACAUGUUUAAUUGACUGUUUUAUCUAAUCUCUUUGGUUUUAUUUUUUAGUUUUGAUGUCUGAGUUUAAGAAAGUAAAAUCUUCAGGAGAAACCUUAGUGAAAAGUUCUCCUUUUAAGUAGCAUGGAAAAAUAGUCUAAACUAUCAUCUCACUUUACAUUACAAUGAAAACACUAAACUAAAAAACUUAAAGCUUUGGUAAGACUGUUAGUGAAAAAUAAGCCCUGGACACUAUAUUAGAAGACUGUAAAGAUAUGUGUUAGAUGGUGACAUGAGCAGGUAAUGAAGUGUAUAUUAGUAGUAGAUCUUAGCAUGGGGUAGAGAUGAAUGACUGACAUACAACUUACUCUGUUAAAAUAAAGGUAACACUGAGUUAUCUGCAGGAGUUGACACUGUUUCCAAAGAGUAUUUUUAAAUGAACAAAGUGAGCAUGAAUCAAACUUUCAGUAUAAGCUAUGAAGUAGUUCUUGGGUUAAAAAAUAGUGGUAUCAGAUAGCACCUCUUUAAUUAAAGGUCUGUCAGUCCCAUUGUCAGUCCUUAUUAUCAAGGAUUUAUAUCAUGGCCAUAGCAAUACUGUAGAUAUAUGGAAAAAACAAUUCUUUGCUUGGAAGAAUUUUUUUCAAUCGUUUUUAAGGCACUCAGUUAUUUUUAAGUUAUAGGAGUAAACUAAGAAAUCCAAGAAUUAAGUGUUUUAUCCUUCAGGUUUUCUACGUGACGAGAAUUUGAAAUGGCUCUAUUUUAUCAUUUACAAAUGUUAACACAAAAAGGCUCUCUGCUUUUGGAGUUCUAAAUUUUAUUUUAAAAAACAAAAGCAGCAGCAAUUGAAAUUUAAAAUUUGCCACUAUUUGUGCAUGUUUACUAUUUUUCAUAACGUUUUUAAUAAUCAGAAUGUGCUAAGUCAGAAGUGGUGUGUUGUGGAAUAUUAUUUUAAAUGAAUUUCCCACUAAUAUGUCCGCAACAGCAAUACAUUCUGCUACACCAGUAACCCACAGAUUAACAGGCCACAUAGAUUGUGCAAUGACACAUUAGCCCUUAAAACAGUAUUUAUAUCCAUUUUAGGAUUAUAGGAGUAUCUUAUACUUGCAUUAAGAAUUCUUCCAUCCUUCUUCCCUCCACUUUGAAAAAAAAAUGUUAAAAAAACUGACACUAAGGUUUGAAGAGUAACUUGAAUGGUCUGAUAUAUACCCACAAAAGCAAGGAAAGUUCAGAGCUUUAUUCCCCAUUUCAAUCUGACUUAACCAGUUGUAUCCAAGUAUAAUAGCACAAUGGUACAUAUUAUGCAUUAAGUGCAAACUCCUGACAUACUGUACCUUGAUAUCACAGGGAUGACUAGGUUUCUUUCCUUGUUUUUGUGUGUUUGUCAGACCUUUGUUUUCUUUUGAUAGUAGAAACACUAAAAUGGCUUAUACUGUAUUUGGGUGGCACUGCGUAGGAUAGGUACUGACUGGGAAUUCUUGAAUUGCUCUAACAGUAAUCCUAUUUUGUGAUUCUUUAAUAGACUUUAAGACACUUCCGUUCUCUUCCAUUGUUAGGAAAUAUAACCUAGAGAUGCUAUACCGUUAGCAGUUGAAAUUGAUUUGGAUUUUUUUUAUUCUGUAAAAGCAUUGUUUGAUGACGUGGUUAAAAUUUGUUUGAAAUGCAAAGUGUUUGCUAGUAUUUUAUACUGAUUGAUGUAUAUAUUUAAACAAAACAAAAUCAUUGUCCUAAUUUUAUAGCUUCUAGAAUUAACUGUACUGUGUGCAGAAUACAGAUGAGGCAUAUUAUCCCUAUUGUGCUGUACAGUACCUUGGCAGGACAGCUGCUUUGGAAUAGGUUACAGUGUCAAGUAAAUCAUACUAGAUCAAAAAUUCUACCAUUCAGUGUUGGUGCUCACCAGUGCAAAAAGGAGAAGAGACCUUUUCAAUACAAUUAACACUACUUGGCUUUUGCAUAUCUGGUGAAUUAGUACUAAGGCGACUUUUCACUUGCAAGCAUGUUUUUAUACAAAUAGCAGGUGUGCCUGUGUAAAAUAAUGAUUUGUUUUUCUGUAUCUUGAAGAAAUACUCUCCACAUUUAAAAUGAUCUAUAUUAGAGAAUUCUUAAAUGCACCCUUGUCAGAAAUAUAUAUAUUAGUUACCAAUGUUACUUUUUAGAUACGAGCAUGCCUGUACGUUAGGUACCUAAGUAAAUUCUGUUACAUUAUUUUUCUUUAUGUAAUACUUUUGGAGUUGUUUCAUGUGGUAUAAAUAUAUACUUUCUGCUUAAAAUACCUUGUUUGUUUGUUAACCUUUAAUAGGAUGCAAAGGAAUUUGAUUUCUAGGCAAUCUCACUGAAUUGUUGCAGUUUUCAUGACAUUUUUAUUGUCUAUUUCACACUACCGUAUAGUAGUUUUUGUAAUCAUGUAUCCCAGUCCUGCAAACUGCAUUUAACUUUAAGGCUCUGAGUACACCCAGUGAAUUCACUGGUAUGACGAGUGCUUAUCACUCCAAUGUGUGCCUGUAUGUUCACAAGACUCGGGAGAAAAUGACUAGGCUUCAUGUAACUUGUGUAAAACAGUACAGCUAAUAGAGCAAGACCAUUUAUGUGACCAUUGGUAAGAAGCUUAUCUGUUAUAAGAAAUGUUAUAUUUAAUUUCAGAAAUGCCUAAAAUCUUCCCACGUAGAAUUUUCCCACAUAGUAGAUAUUUUUGGCUAACUAGGUCUACAUUGUGUGGCAGAUUUAUCAAUAAAGAUGUUCUCAAUUUUCAA